AUGUCUGAUGGAAAGGAAGAUUUUCAUCCCAAAAUUAAGCAGAGGGGAUAUUAUACUGAUCAAUAUACUGCAAAUCUACCGCGACACUAUGACUUCCAAAACUUAGCCGCAAGUUUAGACCAACAUAUAAUUAACCAUAGCAAAAAGAAAUGCUUUCUUCCUAAUGGUACACUAUCAUGCUUUAUCUUAAAUCACUUUUCAGCCGAAGUAGAUAUUGAUGGACCUCUUAUGAAUUGUACUGAAAUUCAUGGUCCAACUAGUGAAGUUAACAUGUUUGUGGAUUUUCCACCUAGGUCUUUUGAUCCGAAAGUCCAAGUUCCUUUUUACACGCCACCAAAACACUGUCCUAGGAAGUUACACAUAGAAAGGAAGAAAAGGAAGUUUCAAAGUGUAUCUAUUUCUGAAGUACUGGAGCACAAGUACCAUAUUCAGCCGAAUGAGCUAAUGCCAAGAUUCAUUGAAAAAUAUUUGGUUGAAAAAAACACAUGGACUUCAUACUUACCUCUUGAAUACUUUGAUGAUGACCAAUAUGACUCUCGUACUCCAUCAGACUGGCUAGCUCUAGGGAUGGAUGAAGGAGUGAGAAAACCGAUUCCAGCCGUCUGCUUGCUUCCAGUUAAUGACCACCAACACAGUCUGGAUAUUCGCAGCCCUGAAAUCGAGUGGAAAUGGCAGCUAGUUGGGGUACUAGAUUACGACGUUCGCUCUAAAUUGUGGUUUGUCCAAAAAGUCGACUCUAAAGGUCGGAUUAUAGAUGAAAAUGGGGAACGAUUAGUAAAUGGUGGUGUGUUAUCUAGUGGUAAGGUUCUGGAGUUAAAUACGCAGUACUGGAUUCCUCGUAUACAACUUAUGUUUCUUGCUGAAGAUCCUCAGAUUUUUGCCAAACGUGUAGCAACUGCCUUCAAGUGUCGUCAAGAACAUGAAUCAGCCUUGAGAUAUAAUUUGUAUUUGGACUGUAUGCCAAAUGAAGGCAUUGGUGAGCUAAGCAGUGCCGUCUUGAAAAGAAUGACAUUUCUUGCUAAAGAUGAAACAUGUACAAUCAGAAAUAGUAAAGGGAUCGAUAGUUUACUGCAAAAUCUCGAAAAAGAAGUUACAUUUGAUUACUGUAGAAGCAUGAAUGACCUGAUUUUGCGCCGACUUUUUGAAAAGCAGGAGACAAAAUAUCACUUUAUUCAACCUUCUGAGAUAAAAAAGCUCAAAACUCCAUGGAAAGGUACAUUAGAUAUACCGCUAUAUGAUUUUGACAACAUAUUUCAAAGCUUUUCUUCCAAAUCAAUGUUAACCAAACCAGAGGCAAUUAUGGCUAUUCGUAAAUGUCAGUAUGAAUGUUUAGAAGUGCGCUCUAAAUCAAUAUUUCAUGUUUCAUUAUCAAAACAUAUGAGAAUUGAAGAAUUUGAACAAACACAAUCUAUGGUUAUUUCACAAGUGUCAAUAUUUUUAAAAGAUGCAUGGAUUGAAAGUCUACGAAAACACAUUCGUACAUGUUUUCGUGAUACUGGGAAAGGAUGGUUUAAUAUAUAUGAAACAGAUUUCUAUGUAUAUACCCAAUCGAAAUUAAAAAAAUUUAUGGAAAUGAUGAAAUUUUGUAUGCAAGAUGGAUUAAGAUAUUUAAUAAUGGAUUCAUUAAUUAAUUUUACAAAUAUGCUACGUGAUUCAUGUAUUGCUUGUUUAAAUAUUCCAAAUGAAUAUGAAUGGACAAAUGAUCUUAUGACAAGUAGUCUACUUCCAAAAAAGAAUCCUAUAUUUUUAGUCGAUUUACUAUUGGAUACAGAUGGACCACACUAUAGUACACCGAUUACACAAUUUCCUAAUAUUCUUAUACAGAUAUUUGAUAAAGCUAUCAAUUCAGUACAAGAUGUACCACAAAUUGAACAAUAUGUUAUAGAAGGUAUAACCUGUGUAGAGAAACAACUUUUGGAAGCUGUUGGACUACGUGAACCACAGGUUGAAAGACUCCGUCAACAAUGCAAAGAAUAUAUUAAUUUAGCUUUAAUACCAAUGAGAGCUUAUGCUAAACAAUAUGAACGUUUUAUGGAACUUACAAUUUUGGAUAUAACUGCGCAUUUGAAAGUGUAUGAAUCAAAAAAUCUAGGUGUCUUAGAAAUAAAGCAACAAAUUGAAAAAUAUUUACAAGAAAAAGAAACUGUGGAACAAAUUAUACCAAGCUUUAUUAUAAUUGGUCCAUUCUAUGUAAAUACUGAACCUGUAAGACAAAAUUUAUCAAAGAAAUAUAAAGCAUUAGUUAGUGCUUUAUUAGAAUUAUUAGCCAAGCAAUUAAGGAAACAAGCUGAUACAAUUUCAGAAGAAUUGAAAAGUAUUGCUAUGAAAUUAUAUGAAAAACCGAAUUCAAUAGAAGAAUUAACUGAUCUACGUGAAUGGAUUUCUACAGUACCAGAUAAAUUGGAAGAACGUCAAGAAUAUAUCGAUAAGGCAGUGUCUGAUUAUGAGUUAAUUGAUUUAUUCUUUUAUAAUUUAUCAGCUGAAGAUUUCAAUGCAAAAUGGACUACAAUUAGUUGGCCUCAUAAAAUUAGACAAAUAAUUAUUCAAGUUGAAAAAAACCUAGAAGAAGAUGAAGAACGUUUUAAGAAAUUGCAAAUUUCUGAAUCUUCUUCAUUCGCUGAUAAGAUUGAUACACUAACGAUGAUGGUCUCAUCGAUGGCAUCAUAUUCAGAGAUUGGUAAAGCACAAGAAGUUGCCAAUGAAGUUCGUCGUAUUUAUAAACAAUUACUGGAUGCUCAAAAUAUGGGUGGUUUAUUAAACAGUCGUGAACGUCUGUUUGGUUUGCCUAAUACAAAUUAUGAAAACAUACCACGAUUAUUAAAAGAUUUUGAACCAUUUAAAAAUUUAUGGUUGAAUGUCGCAGACUGGAUGAAAACACAAGAGGCUGUCAUGAAUGAUCCUCUUAUAUCGAUUGAUGCUGACAGUGUAGAGAAAGUAAUUGUUGAAUGUUAUAAAACAAUGCAUAAAUCUGUAAGAAUAUUUCAUGAACUACCCAAUAUACAAGAAUUAGCUAAUCAAGUUAAAUUGUCAAUAGAAGAAUUUAAACCACACCUACCAUUAAUACAAAGCUUACGUAAUCCAGGUAUGCGUCAAAGACAUUGGGAACAAUUAAGUGAAGAACUUGGUGUAAGCAUCGUGCCAAAAACUAGUUUGACAUUUUCAAAGUGUUUAGAAAUGCAUCUUCAGGAUAACAUUGAUAUUAUAUCAAAAAUAGCUGACAUUGCUGGUAAAGAAUAUUCUAUUGAAAGUGCUUUAAAUAAAAUGAUGAAUGAUUGGGAGUCUGUCAAAUUUGAUGUAAUUCCAUAUAAAGAUACAGGAACAUAUAUUAUUAAAAUAGCUGAUGAAGUUAAUCAAUUAUUAGACGAUCAUAUUGUUAUGACACAAUCUAUGAAUUUUUCACCAUAUAAAAAACCAUUUGAAGAACGUAUAUCUCAUUGGGAAAAUAAGCUACAUUUAACGCAAGAUGUAUUAGAUGAAUGGGUCACAUGUCAAAGACAAUGGUUAUAUUUAGAACCAAUAUUUAAUUCUGAAGAUAUUAACCGACAGUUGCCACUUGAAAGUAAACGUUAUGCUACAAUGGAUCGUAUAUGGCGAAAAGUAAUGAAAUCGGCUUCAGAACAAUCACAAGUGAUCACAUUAUGCCCUGAUACACGUUUAUUAAAUGGUCUACGUGAAUGCAAUCGUUUAUUGGAACAAGUUCAGAAAGGUUUAAGCGAGUAUUUAGAAACUAAACGUCAAGCAUUUCCAAGAUUUUAUUUCUUAUCUGAUGAUGAAUUACUGGAAAUAUUAUCACAAACCAAAGAUCCAAAAGCUGUUCAACCACAUUUAAGAAAAUGUUUUGAAAAUAUUGCAAAAUUACAAUUUGAAAAAGACCUACAAAUAACAGCUAUGUUUUCUGGUGAAGGUGAAUGUGUGAAAUUUGAAAAAACUACUUAUCCAACAUCAAAUGUUGAAGAAUGGAUGUUAGAAAUUGAGAAUUUAAUGAGAUAUUCAAUAAGAACUAUAAUUGGUAAAUCUAUUAAAGCUUAUGCUGAUACACCACGUACUGAUUGGGUAUUACAAUGGCCUGGACAAAUUAUUAUUGCAGUUUGUCAAACAUAUUGGACAACUGAAGUAACUGAAGCAAUUUGUACUAAUAAAAUGAAUGAGCUUUAUUCAAAUUUAUUAAAACAAUUAGAUGGUCUACGUAAUCUUGUACGUAGUGAUUUAACUAAAAUUGGUCGAAUGACUUUAUCUGCAUUAAUUGUGAUUGAAGUACAUGCACGUGAUGUUGUUGCAAAAAUUAUUGAAGAAGGUGUACAUAAUGUGAAUGAUUUUGAAUGGAUAAGUCAACUACGUUAUUAUUGGAAAAAUGAUGAAGAACAAUUAAAACUUCGUGCUGUAAAUGCUGAGUUUAAUUAUGGUUAUGAAUAUUUAGGCAAUACAACACGUUUAGUUAUUACACCAUUAACUGAUCGUUGUUAUCUUACACUGACUGGUGCAUUACAUUUAAAAUUUGGUGGUGCACCAGCUGGUCCAGCCGGUACAGGUAAAACAGAGACAACAAAAGAUUUAGGCAAAGCAUUUGCUAUACAAUGCGUUGUGUUCAACUGUUCUGAUCAAUUAGAUUUUAUGGCUAUGGGAAAAUUUUUCAAAGGUUUAGCAUCAGCUGGUGCAUGGGCAUGUUUCGAUGAAUUCAAUCGUAUUGAUAUUGAAGUUUUAUCGGUUGUUGCACAACAAAUUACAACUAUACAAAAGGCACAACAACAGCAUUUAACACGUUUCCUAUUUGAAGGUGAUGAUUUAGAACUGAAACCAUCAUGUGCUGUGUUUAUUACAAUGAAUCCCGGUUAUGCUGGACGUACUGAAUUGCCGGAUAAUUUAAAAGCAUUAUUUCGACCAGUUGCAAUGAUGGUACCAGAUUAUGCAUUGAUUGCAGAAAUUUCAUUAUUUUCCUUCGGUUUUACAGAUGCACGUUUAUUAGCCAAAAAAAUUGUAACAACAUUUAAAUUAUCAUCAGAACAGUUAAGUACACAAGAUCAUUAUGAUUUCGGUAUGCGUGCGGUUAAAAGUGUUAUAUCGGCUGCGGGUAAUUUAAAACGACAAAAUGCAGAUAUGGAUGAAGAUCUUAUAUGUUUACGUGCUAUACGAGACGUGAAUGUACCAAAAUUCUUAUCAGAUGAUUUAAAAUUAUUCAGUGGCAUUGUAUCUGAUUUAUUUCCUAAUAUAAAUGAGAAACCAAUCGAUUAUGGUGAUUUGAUGAUUGCAUUAAAGACAUCAUGUAGUAAAUUAGGUCUAAUGGAAGUUGAAGGUUUUGUCCACAAAUGUAUUCAACUUUAUGAAACAACUGUAGUUAGGCAUGGACUAAUGUUAGUUGGUCCAACUGGAUCAGGUAAAACUAAGUGUUAUGAAGUACUUCAAAAUGCUUUGACAUCAUUGUGUAAAAAGGUAGCUCCAGAUGGCACACUAUUUCAAACUGUACAUACAUAUAUAUUAAAUCCUAAAUCAAUAACAAUGGGACAAUUAUAUGGCGAAUUUAAUCUAUUAACACACGAAUGGACUGACGGUAUAUUAAGUACAUUAAUACGUCAUGGUGUUAAUUCAUCGGAUGAAGAUAAACGCUGGUAUAUAUUCGAUGGUCCAGUCGAUGCUGUUUGGAUUGAAAACAUGAAUACUGUAUUAGAUGAUAAUAAGAAAUUAUGCUUAAGCAGCGGCGAGAUUAUUAAAUUAACUGAUCCAAUGACUAUGAUGUUUGAAGUAGCCGAUUUGGCGGUUGCUUCACCAGCUACUGUUAGUCGAUGUGGCAUGGUCUACUUAGAACCAAGUAUUUUAGGAUUGAAACCAUUUGUACAAUGCUGGAUAAAACAAUUACCUGAUCCAGUAUAUCAUCAUCAUGAUAAACUUCAAGAAUUAUUUGAUAGAUAUAUGGAAGAUUCAAUAAGAUUUAUUAGAAAUGAAACGAAAGAGAUUAUUACAACAACUGAUGGACAAUUAUGUUUUAGUUUAAUGAAAAUGAUGGAUUGUUUUUUUGUACCAUUUCAAUCGAAAGAGAAGAAUAUAAAUACUGAUGAAAUGAUUUCGCGAAUCGGUCAGGCAAUAGAAAGUUGGUUUCUAUUUUCACUGAUUUGGUCAAUCGGUGCUACGUGCACUAAUGAAGGACGUAUGAAAUUUGAUCGAUAUUUAAGGCAUAAAAUGAAGGAACUGAAAUGUGGCUUACCAUUCCCUGAAGAAGGAUUAAUUUAUGAUUAUCGUUUCGAAGAUGAUGGUUUACUAUCACUUGGUGUCAAACAUGACGAGGAGGAAGAUAAUUGUAUAAAUCGAAAAAUGCAUUGGGUACAUUGGAUGAUAAAUAUACCAGAAUAUAAAAUCACUUCAGAUAUUCGUUAUUCUGAUAUUAUUAUACCAACAAUCGAUAACGUACGUUCAAGUUAUAUUACUGAAAUGUUAUUAUUAGCUAAAAAACCAGUUUUAUGCAUUGGUCCAACUGGUACAGGGAAAUCAUUAAAUAUUUUGCAUAAAUUAACACGUCAUAUGCCUAAAGAGUAUAUACCAGAAUUUAUUAUAUUCAGUGCUAAAACUACAGCAAAACAAACACAAGAUUUAAUUGAUAGUAAACUAGAUAAACGACGUAAACAUUUAUUUGGUCCACCAUUAGGACGUUACAUUAUAUUUUUUAUUGAUGAUUUAAAUAUGCCUGCAUUGGAAGUAUACGGUGCACAACCACCUAUUGAAUUAAUACGUCAAUGGAUGGAUUUCAGUGGUUGGUAUGAUUUAAAAAUGAUUGGUGAAUUCCGUAAAUUAAUUGAUGUGAAUUUUAUAUGUUCAAUGGGUCCACCUGGUGGAGGACGUAAUCCAAUCACUGCUAGAUUAAUGCGUCAUUUCAAUGUUUUGGCAUAUAAUGAACUAGAUGACUCCAGUAUGCAAUUAAUAUUUAGUGUAAUCUUAAAAUCAUGGUUAAAUCGUUCUACCAAUGAAAAUGUAACAAUGAAACUUAUGUCUUAUACUAAUGAUUUAGUAAAAGCUUCAAUUUCAGUUUAUAAAACAAUUCAAAAGCAAUUAUUACCAACACCAGCUAAAAGUCACUAUACAUUUAAUCUAAGAGAUUUAUCAAAAGUGUUUCAAGGUAUGCUUAUGAUGGAUACUGAUCAGUUAAGUGGAAAUAUUGAACAAUUAUUGCGUUUGUGGUAUCAUGAAUCAUGUCGAGUAUUCCAAGAUCGAUUAGUGAAUGAUGUGGAUCGUGAUUGGUUUAAUCAGUUAAUUAAUAAAACAUCAAAAGAAAUGUUCAACUUAAAUGUAAAUGAUUACGUGACAACUACACCAUUAUUAUAUGGAGAUUUCUUGUCCAUAUCGAAAAAUGAUGCUUCAAAAUAUAUAGAAAUGACUGAUCAUAGCAAAGUACUACAAGUUAUAGAAGAAAACCUCGAUGAUUACAAUCAAAUUAAUACAGCGAAAAUGGAUUUAAUAUUGUUUAUUUAUGCAAUACAACAUAUUUGUCGAAUUUCACGUAUUAUAAGACAACCACAAGGCAAUGCUUUACUUCUUGGGAUGGGUGGUAGUGGUCGUCAGUGUUUAACACGUCUUGCAUCUCAUAUGGCUGAAUAUGAUUGUUUUCAAAUCGAAUUAUCUAAAAAUUAUGGUAUGAAUGACUGGCGUGAAGAUUUGAAAAAAAUAAUGAUGAAGGCCGGUAUAGAAAAUAAACCAGUAACAUUUUUGUUUUCUGAUACACAAAUAAAAUCAGAAUCGUUUCUAGAAGAUAUUAAUAAUAUUUUAAAUGCUGGUGAUGUACCAAAUAUAUAUCAGUUAGAUGAAUUAGACAAAAUAUAUGAUUCUAUGAAAAUUGUUGCCGCUGAAUCAAGUUUACAACCAACUAAAACUAAUUUAUUUUCAUGUUAUACAAAACGUAUACGUGCUAAUCUACACACUGUAAUUACAAUGAGCCCUAUUGGUGAAAUAUUUCGUGCACGUUUAAGACAAUUUCCAGCAUUAGUUAAUUGUUGUACAAUUGAUUGGUUCAGUGAAUGGCCAACGGAAGCUUUAAAAUCUGUUGCAUUUAAAAUGUUACAAAAUAUGUCUGAUUUAGAAAUUGACGAACAGACAUUACAAUCUUUAGUACAAUUAUGUAUAGAUAUACAUCAAUCAGUUGUACAAAAUACAGAAUUAUUUAAACAAGAAUUAAAUCGUCAUAAUUAUGUGACACCAACAAGUUUUCUUGAAUUACUAACUGUUUUCUCUAAAAUUUAUGGAUUAAAAAAAUCUGAAAUAAUUACUGCUCGUAAUCGUACACAAACUGGUUUAGAUAAAUUAUUAUAUACAGAAGAAGUUGUUUCAAAAUUACAAGAAGAAUUAGAACUAAUGAAACCAGAACUGUUAAAAGCUGUUGAAGAAUCCAGAAAAACAAUGGAAGAAAUUUCACGUGAUUCUAAAAUUGCUGAAGAGACACAAAUUGUUGUAGCUCGUGAAGAACAACAAGCAUUGAAAAAAGCACAUGAAUGUCAAACGAUUCGUAAUGACGCACAACGUGAUUUAGACGAAGCAUUACCAGCUCUAUAUGAAUCAUUAGAAGCAUUGAAAUCAUUGAAUAAAAAUGAUAUAACUGAAGUUAGAGCUAUGAUGCGUCCACCAGAAGGUGUACGCCUAGUCAUCGAAGCUGUAUGCAUUAUGAAAGAUGUUAAGCCGAAGAAAAUAGCUGGUGAUAAACCAGGCUCUAAAAUUGAUGAUUAUUGGGAACCAGGUAAAAUUAUGCUACAAGAUCCUGGAAAAUUUUUAGAUAGUUUAAUGAAUUAUGAUAAAGAAAAUAUUCCAGAGUAUAUAAUUCAUAAAAUUAAACCAUACAUUGAAUCUGAAAGUUUCUCACCGGCAACAAUCGCCAAAGUUAGUAAAGCAUGCACUAGUAUUUGUUUAUGGGUUAGAGCAAUGUUUAAAUAUUAUAAUGUAGCAAAAACAGUUGAACCAAAACGUCAGGCUUUACAAUCUUCUGAAUUGGAAUUAGCUGAAACUGAACAAGUAUUAAAUGAAGCAAGAAAUCGUUUAAAAGCAUGUGAAGAUCGUAUAACUAGUUUACAAAUAAAAUACAAUGAAUGUAUACGUAAACAACAUGAAUUAGAAGAGAAAAGUCAAUUAUGCGAAGCAAGACUGAUUCGAGCUGAUAAAUUAAUUGGAGGUUUAGGAAGUGAGAAAAUACGUUGGAAAGAAUCUGUUAGUAAUUUGAAUUACUUAUUAACUAAUCUUGUUGGUAAUGUACUAUGCUCCUCUGGUUCAGUAGCAUAUUUUGGUCCAUUCUCCGCUAAAUAUCGUUUAGACAUGAUUAAUGAAUGGGUGGAUAAAUUAAAGUAUCAUCAUGUACCGCAUACUACUGAACCAGCACCAAAUCUAGUUCAAACAUAUGGUGAUCCAGUAAGAUUACGUAAUUGGCAUAUACUUGGUCUUCCUAAAGAUGCAUUAUCUAUUGAAAAUGCUGUGAUUGUACAAUUUUCAAGACGAUGGCCAUUGUUUAUUGAUCCUCAAGGUCAAGCAAAUAAAUGGAUUAAAUCAUUAGGCCAACCAGAUGGUAUUAUUAUUAUCAAAUUAUCUGAUAAAGAUUUUAUACGUAAUUUAGAGAAUGCUCUUCGUUUCGGUAAACCAUGUUUAUUAGAAAAUGUUGGAGAAGAGCUAGAUCCAGUUCUCGAAUCAGUCCUAUUAAAACAAACUUUUAAACAACAAGGUGCAACAGUUAUUAAACUUGGUGAUGCAAUAAUACCAUAUCAUAAUGAUUUCAAAUUGUAUAUUACAACAAAACUGUCUAAUCCACAUUAUAAACCAGAAGUUUCAACUAAAGUGACUGUUGUAAACUUCACUUUGUCACCAAGUGGUUUAGAAGAUCAAUUACUAGGCAUUGUUGUUGCUGAAGAACGUCCAGAUUUAGAAGAGGCUAAAAAUCAAUUAAUUAUAAGUAAUGCAAAAAUGAAACAAGAAUUGAAAGAGAUUGAAGAUAAAAUUCUGGAGCGCCUUAGUGCUACAGAAGGUUCACCCGUUGAUGAUAUCGACUUAAUACAAACAUUAGAAGCAUCAAAAUUAAAAUCAAGCGAAAUUAAAUCACGAGUUAUUGCAGCUGAACAAACAGAACGUGAUAUUGAUGAAACUAGAAGUAAAUACAUUCCAGUAGCAGUGAGAACACAAAUUUUAUUUUUUUGUGUUGCUGAUCUGGCAAAUAUUGAUCCAAUGUAUCAAUAUUCCUUGGAAUGGUUUGUGAAUAUUUUUCUUCAAGGAAUAACAAAUGCUGAGAGAGCUGAUUUUGUUCCACAACGUGUAGAAAAUAUUAAUGAUUAUUUCACAUUUAGUUUAUACUGUAAUGUAUGCCGAAGUUUAUUUGAAAAGCAUAAAUUGAUGUUUGCUUUCUUGUUGGCUAUCCGAAUAUUACAAAAUGAGGGUUUAAUUGAUUCUGAUGAAUAUCGUUUCCUACUUGCUGGAGGUACUCACAAAAUCAAAGAAUUACCAAAUCCAGCACCGGAAUGGAUAUCCGAUCGGAUUUGGGGUGAUGUAUUAAAUCUUGCCUCCCUGCCUAAGUUUACCAAUCUACCGGAAAGUAUGACACAAAAUCCUGAUCAAUUUAAACAAAUUUUUGAUUCAUCUGAACCACAUAGAACUAUAUUCCCUGAACCAUGGCAAGCAAAUUUAGAUAAUUUUCAACGUAUUUUAAUUCUACGCUGCCUUCGAGCAGAUAAAUUAACUAAUGCUAUGCAAGAUUUUGUCAGUCAACAUUUGGGUCAAAAAUUUGUUGAACCACAAACUGCAAAUCUUCAUCAGGUAUUCAAAGAUAGUUCACCGUCAACUCCAUUGAUUUUCGUCUUAUCACAGGGUACAGAUCCAGCUUCAGAUUUAUACAAAUUUGCUGAUGAAAUGAGUUUUGGGGGAAAAAAGUUGUCCGCUAUUUCUCUUGGUCAAGGACAAGGUCCGAGAGCUGAAGAACUUAUGCGAACAGCAAUGGAACGGGGUGUAUGGGUAUUCUUCCAAAAUUGUCAUUUAGCUCCGUCAUGGAUGCCAACAUUAGAAAGACUUGUUGAGCAAAUUGACAAAGAUAAAGUACAUCGUGAUUUCCGAUUAUGGUUGACAAGUAUGCCAAGUCCAGACUUCCCUGUUUAUAUUUUACAAAAUGGAUCAAAAAUGACGGUUGAACCGCCUAAAGGUUUAAAAGCUAAUUUAUUAAGAAUAUAUCAAUCAGUAAAUGAUGCUUAUUUAGCGAAUGUACCUGCUAAGAAUGAUGUCUUUCGGCAUCUAUUUUUAUCAUUAGCAUUUUUCCAUGGUGUAUUAAUUGAACGUAAAAAAUUCGGUCCACUUGGAUUUAACAUACCAUAUGAAUUUACAACUGGUGAUCUAAGAAUAUGUAUGGAUCAGCUAAUAAUGUUUUUAGACGAAUAUGAUGUCACACCAUAUAAGGUUCUAUGUUAUACAGCUGGACAUAUUAACUAUGGUGGUCGUAUAACAGAUGACUGGGAUAGACGGUGUGCAAUGACUAUAUUAGAUGAAUAUUAUUGUCCUAAAAUAUUAGGAGAUAAUUACAGUUAUUCAGAAUCAGGUAUAUAUCAUCAGUUACCGGGAAAUACAGAUCAUGCUGUAUACCUUGAUUACAUUCGAAGUUUACCAAUUAAUGAUCCGCCGGAAAUAUUUGGAUUACAUGAAAAUGCUAAUAUUACAUUUGCUCAGAAUGAAACUUUUACACUAUUAGGCUAUUUAUUAUUGUUGCAACCAAAAACAUUCAAUACAUCUGGACAUGGAAAACAAAGUGAAGAGAUUGUUGAAGAAAUUAGUCGUUCACUAUUAACAACAUGUCCACAAUUAUUUGAUUUAUCAAGCAUAAUUCAAAAAUAUCCAGUUAUGUAUGAACAGUCUAUGAAUACAGUUUUGACACAAGAAGUUAUCAGAUACAAUAACUUACUAUCAACUAUACAAACAACACUGAAUGAUUUAAUCAAAGCAUUAAAAGGUUUUGUAGUAAUGUCAGCUAAUUUAGAAGAAAUGGCUAGAUCAUUAUUUGAUAACCGUGUACCAACUAUGUGGGCUAGUAAAGCAUAUCCAAGUUUAAAACCAUUAGCAGCAUGGAUAGAAGAUUUAGUGAUGCGUGUGAAAUUUAUUCAAGAAUGGAUCGAUCAUGGUGUGCCUAGUGUAUUCUGGAUAAGUGGUUUCUUCUUUCCACAAGCCUUUUUAACUGGAACAUUACAAAAUUAUGCUAGAAAAAAAAUUAUUUCUGUAGAUACAAUUUCAUUUGAUUUUAAAGUAAUGAAAGAGAACAAUGCGAAAUUGAAUAAAUCACCUGACGAUGGAAGCUAUAUUCGUGGCUUAUAUCUAGAAGGUGCUGGUUGGGAUUCCACACGUAAUUUAUUAUGUGAAUCACGACCAAAAGAAUUAUUUGUCAAUAUGCCAGUUAUAUGGCUUGUACCGACAGAAAAUCGUAAAUCACCAAGUCAAGGAAUUUAUGAAUGUCCAGUAUACAAAACGUUAACACGUGCAGGAACUCUAUCUACUACUGGUCAUUCAACAAAUUUUGUAUUUUCCAUUGAAAUUCCAACUGAUCAACAACAAAAGCACUGGGUUCAGCGUGGUGUAGCUUUAUUAUGUGCAUUGAAUUAUUAAAACAAUUAACACAUUUGUACUGUUUAAAUAUAGAAAAAUACAAAUCGGAUACCUUUGAGAGAAAUGAAUACAAUAUUAUUAUUAUUAAUCAUAC